CGACCAUUGAAACGCUAGAGUUCUGACUCCGUUUCGAGACUUCAAUCCACGCGAUAUGCCGACCUCGGCCAUCGUGCACCCCGACACCGACGCCGAGCCCCUCUUGCUCGCGACCGACGGCAUACAGCAGGAGAGCAAGCCCCUUCGCGUUCUUCGGCGCCUCGCCAAGCGGCGUCAAGCCCUCCGCGAGAGGUAUGGCAAGUUCUUUGGCUUUGGCAUGAUCAUCGGCGGCAAUGUUGCGCUGAGUCUCAUGUCGGUGCUCAUCAAGUUUUCGUCGCGCUUUCUCUACGCGGAUGAGAUUGUGUUUUGGCGGUCGUCGACCGCACUCGUUAUGAACGUGGCCGUCCAGCUCUACCUCCAAAUCCCAAUUCUGGCGGUCGACCCGGCCUUGAUGAAGCUUUUGAGCAUUCGCGUUGCUAUUGGCUACACGGCCAUGACCAUGUCCUUUUACGCCUACUCGAAAAUGGUGCUUUCCGAGGCGUCCGUCAUCAUCUUCACGGCGCCCAUCAUCACGUGUGUGCUGAGUGUCUGUCUCCUUGGCGAAAAGAUCGACGUCGUCGGCGUUCUCUGCGUCUUGGUGUCGUUUGCCGGUGUCAUUUGCGUGGCGCGACCGGCGUUUGUCUUUGGCAUUCACGCCACCUCGUCCGAGGCACCGCCGCUUGCGAUGCUCUGCGCUGUGCUAACCGCCGUAUGCGUUGGCCUCAUCAACAUCAUCAUUCGCAUGCUCCAGAGCAUGAACACGUGGACGCUCGUGACAUAUUUUUUGCUCACGUGCACGCUCGGGUCGCUGACAAAAAUUGCGCUUUUUGGAACGCGACUAGGGACUGUACGUGCCGCAAACCACUGACGAGGCGGGGAUUGUACUUGCGAUCGGCUUUUUCGGCUGCAUCGGUCAGCUCAUGAUCACAAAGGGACUCCAAAUCGAAAAGGCCGGCAUUGCCUCUGUGCUGCAGUACCUCAACUUGCUCUGCGUGAUGCUAUGGGACGUGACGCUGCUCGGCGAAGCACUUCAUAUGUGGAGCAUCCUCGGCGCGUCGAUCAUUUGCCUCAGUGCGUCGGUGAUUGCCUAUCGCAAGGCAAAAGCAUAAUUCGUACCAAUAUACACCUCGCAGUUCAUAAUUUGAAAGUUUUUUC